GGAUAAGCGGUUACGGACAAUGACAUGACAUGGUCUUCUUACACAAAUGAACAAAAUGGCUCCAUGAAUGUUGGUUACACCGCCUUUAGAACUUAGGAAGUUGACUUGACAGACACAACUCCCCAAAUUAGUUAUAAUAUUCAGAAUAAUGAUGUUCCACCUAUUUUAUUCAUUGUUAAACAACACAAAUUUAGGAAUAUGCCAAAUUAGCUGAUAAUGUGUUUUAUUGAGAAUUUCACCUUUUUUAAACAAGUUUAAAUAUUUGGUACAAAGUUUUAUGGUUACACCACAUUGACAUUUUUACCAUUAUCCCCUGACUACUCCCUCAAAAUUGAUAAAACGACUUGAAUACACCUAUGCAUCAAUACUGUGUCAUAUCCAUAGCUCAUCCAAUUUCCAUGACAUUUAUCGGUUCAGACCUGCCAACCUUGAAGAAAUUUUAUGAGUACAUGUGUACCUGGACAUGUGGGGGCAAGGCCAUCUCCCUGAUAGCUGUCAUGAAAUCUUUGUGGUUUCAAAUCCUUUUUUUGAGGCAGUUCCGCUGCCAUGGCACACAAGCCUACAGUAGUAAUCGAUUCGGGGAAAUGUUACAGUUACCCUACUGCAACACACGCACAACAUCAAUGAACAGUAACUUUGAUGAGUGUUUAACAAUGCCAUCAGGUAAACUCGUCAUCUUAAUUUUACCUUUACAGUGCUGUUUGCAUUGGCAGUGACAGCAAACUGCCGAGGAGGGAUCAGUUAUCCAGCCAUUCUGGCUUGCUUGAAGCAAUGAACUGAACGCACAGAGCAUUUGGAUUGGGGAGGCAGGUGGGGGAGAGUGUUAAAGUGCAGCGCUCUGAUUGUUGUGGCACAGCGGCAGAAUCAACUUCACAGAUUUAAUUUGCAUAGAAACUGAAACCGGCGAACUGCAAGAUGCAACAAAAUGCGUACCAGUAGAGCAGCAAUGCAUACAAGUAUACUUAAGGGUCAAAAUGUGUACCGAGUACAAAAACUGCGUGCAUGUUGGCAGGUCUGCAGGUUGUUUUCACCAGGUGGUCUGGACAUUUCAAUGCUUUGCCAUAAAGCAGGAAGUCCUUGCAGUCCUUACAAUUUCCCAUGUACACCAAAUUGCUCACACACAUUUUUGAUUGACCUUUCACAUAAUAUCCAAUCUUUACAGUGAACUUGUGUUUCUGCAUGAAUGAAAAAUGGGAAAAAAACAUAUCUAAACCAGAUAUUCUGGUGUAGAUAUUCUUAACUGUAGAUUACAGCAAUUGAGUAACAGGCAAUUCAUAUCAUAUCAUAUUAGGAUUUUCAUUACAAAGAAAAUCUCUACACAUCUGUUUCACACAUAGUUUCAUAAAUAAAUGCAAGUAUACGGACAUUAUGUCAUCUGGGCAGAUGGCAUGUCACCUUCCUGUCUGAAGGUCUGUGCUGACCAGUUGGCUCCAAUACUCACACAGAUAUUCAAAAGAUCACUGGAGGUCACAAACACUCCAAGAUAGGAAGGUGAGUCGCAAUGCUGAUUAGGGUAAUGGGGAGGGGUCAGUAGAGAGAUUACAUCACCCAUGCACAAAUGUUUUAAUCACAUGGACGUGGUGUGGCAUGCUGACAUUAUCAAGUGACGCAGAUGAGAAGACAGAGACCAUAAACAAAACGGAGGGCAGGCAGAGCCGGCAGACCAGCUCUGCUUACAUGGAAACCAGCGGACACUUUAACUGCCUAAAUAUCUUCACAGAUGUCAUGUCCUCAGACAGGACUAAAAUUGUUUUGUAUUUCGUUUACAUCACAGUUAAAUAGUCACAUGUGGUCUUCGAUGCUUCUGUAAGAUGUUGUACUUUAAUCAGUCUGACAAUAUCAGCAUCACUGUGGAAGAUUCGUAUCAGGGAUUGGUGGAAAGAGUGUUUUUAUCCACACUGAUAGGAAUGCCAUGCUGCCUAUUCCUCUUUAUUAAUGGCACCAUGCUGUUCACCUUGAGGAGUAAAUCUGUGUUUUGUGAGACCUCUCGUUACGUUCUUCUGUAUAAUCUACUAUUUGCAGACACUGUACUGCUGGCACUGAGCCAGUUAAUGUACAUACUGGCUGUUUGUAGAAUAAGACUAACAUAUCCUGUCUGUGGUGUCUUUGCCAUGCUCACCAAUCUCACAAAUGUAAUCUCACCACUCACACUGGUGGUAAUGUCUCUGGAGAGAUAUGUAUCUGUGUGUUACCCACUGAGGCAUGCUACCAUCAUCACCAUCAGAAACACAGGGGUGGCUAUUUGUGUUGUUUGGAUCUUCAGUUUACUUAAUGUUCUCAUUCGAAUUUGUUUGCUGUUAAAUUUUAUAUUUGAAGAACUGCAGAGCCUGCAGAUGACAGAUUAUUGCUCUGACAUAGCUAUGAUUCUUGGCCCAUUGUCUGAUCUUUAUGACAGAAUCUACACUUGUUUUGUGUUCAUUUUAGCGAGUGUGGCAAUUACUUGCUCCUAUGUUGGUGUGAUGGUAGCAGCCAGGUCAGCUUCCACAGACAAAGCUUCAGCACAAAAGGCUCGAAACACACUGCUGCUGCAUCUGGUGCAGCUGGGCCUCAGUCUCUUAUCAACUAUGCAUACCUCUAUAGUUGUAUCACUCUCAACAAUCCUGCAACGAUUAAUUAUUGUACGCAUCAAGAGUGUUUUUUAUGUGUUUAUUUUCAUCCUCCCCAGAUGUCUGUGUUCUCUCAUCUAUGGGCUCAGAGAUCAGACCAUCAGGCCCGCCCUCAUGUACCAUUUAUGUGGUCAACUGAAACUCAGUUCACUUAACUCCCAGUAAGGGCUGCGGCCUCUCAAAUAAUAGUGAAUGAUUCAGGGAUUAUCUUAAGAGAAAAAUAUUCAAAUGGAACAAUACUCAGUCUUUGUGUUUGAACUGCUGCCACCGUAUUCAUAGCCCACAGUAGAGUAUGUAGCAUCUUAAGUAUUCAG